AUGGAGCUCCCGCACCCGCUGAGCGACCACAUCGCGCUCGACCUCGAGCGACGGACGUUGCGACUUCGACGCGACCGAACGAUCGAGCUCGUGAUGCCCACGAGCGAGGCAUCGGUCGUGGACGUGUACAGCGCCCUCGGACGGCCGAACGACGAUCCGCACUGGGCGGAUCUGUGGCACGGCGGCGCGGCGCUCGCGAGCGCGGUGCUCGAGCGACCAGAGUUGGUUCGCGGAAAGCGCGUGAUCGAUCUUGGGUGUGGGUUAGGGGUGGCGGGCAUAGCGGCCGCGAUGGCGGGGGCGAGGGAGGUGGUGAUGAGCGAUCGAGAGGAACGCGCGCUGUGGUGCUCGCUGGCUGGAUGUCGGGCGAACGGCGUGCGGGACGUUCGGGAGUUGAGUCGCGAGUGGAACGCGCCGGACGACGUGGAACUUCCGCCGGUGCCGACGUACGACGACGUCGACGAUUGUGGAUCGAAUUGCAUCGUUUCGGCGGCGAAAGUGGAUUGGUUUGAGCCAGAGCUCGCCCCGACGGGUUUCGACGUGGUGUUGGCGUGCGACGUGUUGUACACGCCAGAGGCGGUGGACGCCAUCGCGACUUUAGUCAUGCGUCUGUUCGGACGCGACGAGGUUAAUGACGGUAAAGGUGAUGAGAAUGGAAAUAAACGCGCUCGCGGUGUGUUUAUCCUCGCCGAUCCACCCGGAAGAUUUCCUAAGAAUCACGAGCGGUUCAUGUCGUUGAUGGAAAAUCCGUCGCUCAUACCGGGAUACGAGGGACGCGAUCGUCACUCCAUCGUCAGCGUCACGUCCUCGACGGAUGAUUAUCUAAAUCUCGAGCGUAAAGUUAUGGCGGUAAAGCUGUCGACGUACGAGAUCACGAGCUGA